CCCUUAAGUUUUAAGUUUCAAGCGCCCAGUAACUUGCUUAGCCCCAGAAAGAGAGUCGAGUUACUGCCAAAUAGAGAGAGAGUAAGAACCCCAUCGCGGUGAAAAAUGUCUUCCUCGGAGUUACAGUUACCCCCAGGCUUCCGGUUCCACCCCACCGACGAAGAGCUCGUCAAGCACUACCUCUGCCGGAAAUGCCAGUCCCAACCAAUCUCUGUUCCUAUCAUCGCCGAAAUCGAUCUGUACAAAUACGACCCCUGGGAGCUACCUGGUUUGGCUCUGUACGGAGAGAAGGAGUGGUAUUUCUUUUCGCCGAGGGACCGGAAAUACCCGAACGGUUCGAGGCCGAACCGGGCUGCCGGGAGAGGGUACUGGAAGGCGACCGGAGCCGAUAAGCCGAUCGGGCUUCCGAAGCCGGUCGGGAUUAAAAAGGCUUUGGUAUUCUACGCCGGAAAAGCCCCGAGAGGAGAGAAGACCAAUUGGAUCAUGCAUGAGUAUCGCCUCGCCGACGUGGAUCGAACGCCUCGCAAGAGAAACAGCUUAAGGUUGGACGAUUGGGUUCUGUGCCGCAUAUACAACAAAAAGGGGACGGCGGAGAAGCAACAGCCGCUGAUUAGUCGGAAGGCGGUGAGCGGCGGGUCGGAAUUCGAGGACGUGAAGCCGGAGAAUCUGAUGGCGUGCCCACCACCGCCGGCGGUGGCGGCCACGCGCCCGAGUGAGUACGUGUACUUUGACAACUCGGAUUCGGUGCCCCGGCUGCACACGGACUCGAGCUGCUCGGAGCAGGUGGUGUCGCCGGAGUUCACAAGCGAGGUGCAGAGCGAGCCCAAGUGGAAGGAGUGGGAGAAGGCCCUUGAUUUUCCUUACAAUUACGGGGAUGCCACCGUGGAAAACGGGGGGUUCGGGGCGCAGUUUCAGGGUGGGAAUCAGAUGUCGCCGCUGCAGGAUAUUUUCAUGUACCUGCAGAAGCCCUAUUGAUGUGGACGGUUAGAUUUGGUUGGGUCCCGACGCACUUCGGUUGAAUUAGACGGCAACAGGAGACCCAAGUCAAUGAGUGUGCCUUCUGCGAGUUCUAGUGCGUUGAUUUAGACGUUUAGACUUUGAUGGGGUACGAUUGGGGCUUCGCUUGCGGGGUCCAGCAUUUGGAUCCAGGAGUGAUUUGGGGCCGUUGAUCAGGGGGAGGGGUGUAGAGGGGGGUUAAUAAAAUCCUAGUAUGUGUGCAGCAUGUACAUAUAGAUAUAGAUGUGUUGUUCACAUUGGUGAUUUUGAAGGUUCCCUUAUAAAUUCUAAUAUUUGUUUCUAUCUUUUUCAUAUA